GUCGCAUACAGCACUGUGAUACAGUAACUGUUCGUUGGGCAGGCAGGGGAGGAAGAAGCCAGCAACCUUUUUUAAUGUACGGUAGGGAUUUAUUUCAUCAGGGUUAGUCAGAGUCUCUGCUGCUUUUCAAGACACCACAUCGUAUUGAAGCUAUCCGGACAUAAAAAGACAAAAUUGUUUGAAAUGGCAAAGUGAAAAAGGAGACAAGAUGAACAAAGUGAAAGUGUCGAUAGAAAAAGGGAAUUCUCGUAUCCAUAGUCUGCUAGCCCAGUUGGAGAAGCUUACUUUGGAGGGGUCGUUGCAGGAUGUGGAGAAUGGCCGUUACAUUACAUCCAAACUUCUGCAUCUGGCUCAGACUCAAGAUGGGAUCUGGUUGUCAGUUAUAAAGGUUGUGUUCUGCAGCUGUCCUUAUUAUAGAUUAUCCAUGUCCUAUUCUUUGCUUAAAGAAAGAACAAAGAAAGAUAUAACGGGCAAAGGUUCAACUGGAAUGGAAAUAAUAUUAUCAACACUUGAGAACACUCGUGAUCUGCAAAUUACAUUGAAUAUUCUCAACAUACUUAAUGAAUUGGUUUCAGUAGGUGGUGGGCGCAGGUGUAGCGUUUUGGUCUCCAAAGGAGGGAGUCAGAUUCUGCUUCAAUUGCUAUUUAGUGCCAGUAAAGACUUCCCACCAAAUGAAGAGAUUAUGGUGCAACUACAUUCCAUUCUGGCAAAGAUUGGACCAAAAGACAAAAAGUUUGGAGUCAAAGCCAGGAUUAAUGGAGCCUUGGGCAUUACUUUGAAUUUAGUAAAACAAAACCUGCAGAACUUCAAGCUAAUUUUACCUUGUCUGCACCUGUUGCGAGUGUAUUCCAACAAUGCUGUCAAUGCCGUUUCCUUGGGCAAAAAUGGUGUUGUGGAACUUAUGUUCAAGAUUAUUGGUCCUUUUAGUAGGAAGAACACAAGCCUUGUAAAGGUCUCAUUAGACACACUGGCAGCAUUGCUAAAAUCGAAAAGCAAUGCCAGGAGGUCAGUGGAUAGGGGGUACCUUCCUGUUCUUCUUACCAUUUAUAUCGACUGGCAUAGAAAUGACACAAGGCAUCGGCAUAUGCUGAUUCGUAAAGGAAUUUUAACAUGCAUCAAAAAUAUGACAAGUAUUAAGUUGGGAAGGAAAGCUUUCGUUGAUGCUGAAGGAAUGAAAGUCUUAUAUAAUACGUCUCAAGAUUGUCUUUCAGUGAGAACCCUAGACCCUCUGGUCAAUAUCUCCAGCCUCAUUAUGAGAAAAUGUUUCCCUAAAAAUCGUCUUCCCAUUCCAACUAUUAAAAGUGUUUACCAGUUCCAGUUGCCAGUAAUUCCAAUAAGUGGUCCUGUAGCACAGAUCUAUAAUUUAGCUCCUGAAGUUGAUGAUGUUGUAGAUGAAAGUGACGAUACUGAUGAUACGGAAGUGGAAACAGACAAUGAAAAUGAAGAAGAAGAAAAUGAAAACAAGAAGAAUGACGAUAUUGAAACUGACCUUAGUAAGUUAAAGCCAGUGCAAGAUUUGGGGCGGCCAAUAGAAGAAUUGGAAAUUUACAAGCAGUUUUUCCCAGAGCUCAUGGAAGACUUUCAGGCAUAUAACUUCACUGAAAAAAGUAACGCCAGUCUGUCAAGAUCUGAUGUUAAACGGACAGGACCCAUUAUUGUGCCGACAGCAGAAGAGCCAUCAUCAAAAAAUAAUGCAAUUAGAGCAAGUGUUAAAGAAAGUAAUAUUCCACAAAGCCAGCAAAUUCUACCUAAUGUUUAUCAAGGAACUGGACAUGACCAUAAACCAGUAACACAUAUGGAGCUGCACAGUACAGAGAAGAGCAAAAAUAAUGUUAACUCUCAGUACUUUAAACAAAAUGGACAUGCACCUACACAAUGCCUAAACAAUGAGAUUACAAAAGGCUUCGACAGUAUGUCACUGCACUGUAUUAAUGCUUCUGAAGAUGUUAGAUGUUGGAAACCUGGGUGUGAAAGUGGAGUUGAGAAUAAGCCCAGAUUUUUGACUCUGGGAGAAACUUGCAGCAAAACCUGUCAGCAGAUCUCUGGCUGUGGAAAGUCUUUGUUUGUUUCAUCAUUUGGUCAGCCUCCAUCUUGGCAACAGGUUGGUACCCAGCUAGGUCAAUUGUGCUGUUCUGGCAUUGACACUGAUGCCGAGGAUGAGUCCUCUUUAAGUUCUGAAGAACCAGGAUUUUCAGAGUUACCGGAGCCAGGGGUCUUGCAACCACUUCAUGACCCUGACCUUUAUGUUGAAAUUGUUAAAAAGACUAAAUCUGUUCCCGAUUACGGUGAAGUGGCUUAUCCUGAUUAUUUUGGCCAUAUUCCACCUCCAUUCAAGGAACCUCUCAUAGAAAGACCCUACGGUGUACAAAGAACAAAAAUAUUCCAAGAUAUUGAGAGACUAAUUCAUGCAAAUGAUAUUAUUGACAAAACUGUAUAUGAUCUUGAUUUUCUCAGCUAUCCUAUACCCGAAGAUGGAGAAACUCUGAGGUUCAAUUCACAAUUUGAGUCUGGGAAUCUUCGAAAAGCAAUUCAAAUCAGAAAGUUUGAAUAUGAUCUGAUCCUCAAUUCCGAUAUAAACAGCAAUCAUCACCACCAAUGGUUUUACUUUGAAGUGAGUGGAAUGCGGAAUGCUAUUCCUUAUCGAUUCAAUAUUAUCAACUGUGAAAAGUCUAAUAGUCAGUUCAACUAUGGUAUGCAUCCCAUAAUGUAUUCUGUCCAAGAAGCCAUGCUUGGAAGGCCACGGUGGGUUCGAACUGGAACAGAUAUCUGUUAUUACAAGAAUCAUUUUUCCAGAAGUUCAAUUGCAGCUGGUGGUCUGAAAGGAAAAUCUUAUUACACUCUGACAUUUACAAUGACUUUUACUCACAAAGAUGAUGUGUGCUACUUUGCUUAUCACUAUCCAUAUACAUACUCUACAUUGCAGAUGCAUAUUCAAAAACUGGAGGCAUUACAUGAUCCUCAACAGAUUUAUUUUCGCCGGGAUUCAAUAUGUGAAACUUUGGGAGGUAACCCUUGCCCUGUACUGACCAUUACAUCCAUGCCAGAGUCCAAGUCCUGGGAGAGCCUAUACCAGUUCAGAAAUCGACCUUACAUUUUCUUAACCUCUCGUGUCCAUCCUGGGGAAAGCAACUCCAGUUGGGUAAUGAAAGGAACUUUGGAAUAUUUAAUGAGCAAUAAUUUGACGGCACAAAGCUUGCGGGACUCAUAUAUUUUUAAAAUAGUCCCAAUGCUGAACCCAGAUGGAGUCAUUAAUGGAAGCCAUCGCUGCUCAUUAAGUGGAGAAGACCUCAACCGUCAGUGGUCAAACCCUCACCCUGAACUUCAUCCAACGAUUUACCAUACCAAGGGCUUGCUGCAGUACCUGGCCAGUAUACAACAUACCCCUCUGGUUUUUUGUGACUAUCAUGGCCAUUCACGCAAGAAAAAUGUCUUCAUGUAUGGCUGCAGCAUAAAGGAGACAGUGUGGCAAACUGACGUUAGUGCUUCCUCUUGUGACCUUCAGGAAGACCUUGGCUAUAGGACUCUGCCAAAGGUGUUGAACCAAAUUGCACCAGCAUUCUGCAUGAGCAGCUGUAGUUUUGUGGUGGAAAAGUCUAAGGAAUCCACUGCACGGGUCGUUGUGUGGCGUGAAAUCGGUGUGACGAGGAGCUAUACAAUGGAAAGCACAUACUGUGGCUGUGAUCAGGGAAAGUACAAGGGCCAACAGAUAGGGACAAGACAGUUAGAAGAGAUGGGAGCUAAAUUCUGCAUUAGUCUUCUGCGCCUGAAGAGGAUGACAUCUGUGGAAUGUAGAUUGCCACCCAGCCUCCUGGAUGUGGAAAAUGAUUUGAUUGACACUAGAUGCAACGUGACCAGCCCUACUACCCAAGUCCUCGAUGAGGAUGAACCACGUUGCCUUGAAGAGGUCGAUUACAGUGCUGAGAGCAGUGAUGAGCAAGAUGUUGAUCUGAAUGAAACAGCAGACUUUGACCCUCAAUACUUUGAUGCAAGUACACAGGAGGAGCAACUUUCUGAUUCUGACAUCUCAAAGAGAGACUGCUUUCUUUAAAGUUAUAAAUCACCAAAGAGGCUGAAAAAAAAUCUUAUAGUCAAUCAAAGAAAACAAAUCAGGGUUAAAAUAGCCUGCCUUGAGUAAGAGAGAGCUACUCAGUCAUAUUGGCUAAAUUAAAAAUAAAUAUACUUCUGGUAACAUUGGAAAAUUGAACUGUGUGUUAUUUAACAUUGACUUCAGGUGCAUUUGUACAAGUCAGGAGAUAUUGCUCCACUGCUUUUACUUCCUGAGGAGGCAGCUGCAUGGCUAAAUCAUUGUUCCCACUUGUUUUGAAUGCAAUUUUAUUUUCUUCCCUUCCCUUCACUGUGUUUGUCUAUACGCACAAGUUGUUAUUAAGGUAUGUACCAGUAAUAAUUUGAAUACUCUUAAAUAUAUUGUGGAGAAGUUGGUUCUAGUUUGUCCGCUGCGAUUUCCAAUGAUGUAUGUAUUUAUUUCUCUUUUUUUAUUGUUGUAUCAGACAUGAUUCCAGGAUUGCUUGAAAGAAAGUAUGCUGCUUCAGCUACAAGGUUCAGAUAUUGAAUAAUACUGUUAUUGUUACACUGAAUUGAACUGUAUCUAAAUUGCGGAAAGAAUAUGUUGCACUUUGUUGUGGAUUAUAUAAGAAAUAAUAGCUAGCUCUUAUUGUAUUUAAAUAGUACAUAGCCCAUAUUAUCCACAAUGUUGACGUGCAGCCUCUAUGUACAGUGUAUGGUCAGUGGCUUCUCAUCAAUAAUGAAACAAUGUAAUUUUGAUUUUCAGACUAUAAAUUAAAUUUUUGUAUUGUGUAGUGAAUGUGCAUGUGCCUGUCAGUACUUUUUCUCUCUUUGUGCCGAUAACAUAAUUAAAGUUCUAAUAUACACUCAUCAGGAGCAAAAGCAAUGGAUUCUACAGUGCAGGCUACAGAUUUCGGGCAUUAACCAUUGAUCCUAACCUGUGCAAUCGGUUUCCUAUACAUGAUUGAAUUGAAGCACAUGACUACAAAGUAAACUCUUAAAGCUAAUAGCCACAAUCAAACAAAAUCUUGUUCACAAAAGCAUGUCUUUUGGGAUUAUAUAAAUAAGGCGUUCAGACAAGUCUCAGCAAUAAGGCAUACAAUAAAACCUGAAGUGUGCAAAGCAAUUAGAACUAAUAUUAUCAUGACAGUUUUUAGUUAUAACUCUGGAAAUAUUUACAAUAGUUAAUUGAUAAAAGUGAGAAUAUGCUUUGAAACUACAUACAAUGUGGAUAAUGGGAGGCAUCUGGAGACUGUUCACCAGUUUAUCAGCAUUCUGUGAAGGCAUAACUGUGGUUACAUUCCAGCACAGACUUAGGGUUCCUAAUUCUUAGCUGCACAUGUAAACUCUAACUGCUUUGGUAAUUGAGAUUUGGUCCACAUAUCAAAGGAUCAGAAUCUCUACUUGUGUAAAAUUUCUGUAAUUACUUUUGGAUUUUUAUGCAUGGGCUAUUCAAGUGUCAGCAAAGUCUGACACUAGUUAUCUCUAUGAUUUAUUUCAUAAUAGAAGGAAAAAAAACUGGUACUUGUAUGGCAACUUUUGUGAUCGUAAUGUGCCCUCAAAUAUUUCACAAGGGAUAAGGUAUGUGUGAAAUGUAAUCAUUGUUCAAUUUUAUGAAAUUUGUACAUGGUAAUGUUCCACAAACAACAAUGGGAUGAUUUAAAUUUUGCCCAUUAUCUGUUGAUUUGAGAGAGAUCUUCAAAAAUUAUUGAAAUUUAGAUUUAAAAAUCUCCAACAACUAUUGUAAGCCAAUAGCACAAGACUCUACCACUGAAUAAAGUAGUAUUCAGUGCCAAAGAAGUCCAGCAACAAAGACUACAUAAUUGCAUCAAUAGCCAGAUCUUCUGCAGUAAUGCUGUGUUAUCUACGUGAAACUGAAGUCCAAAAUUUUUGCACCAUAGAUCAUUGGUUGUUUCUGCAGACUUCUUAGCUGCAACACUAUUUCUGCACAGGCUGGGCCUAACAUAAGACAAGUCCAUUGAUUUGAAAGGAGAAGAAUACCAGUGAGGGUGAAGGGUAAAUGCCUUCCAUAUUUGCAAUUUUAAAAAUGUUGUUAAUUAAAGUGCAUUUAAGUGCUUGAAUUUAUUUUUAAGGAGGAUUAAGUUAUUAUAUUAGUAUAGUUUGUGAAUGCCAUAAACACCACCACUUAGAGGUUGCCACUCCAAAUUGCACACUGUCCUGACUUGGAAAUAUAUCACUACUGGGUCUACAUCCUACAACUCUCUAUCCAACAGCAUGUUAGGAGUAUAUUCACCAGAAGGACUGCAGCAGUUCAUGAAGAUAGCUCACUACCACCUUAUUAAUGCAUCUAGGAAUGGACAAUAAAUACUGGCAUUGCCAGCAAUGGCUACAUUCCAAAAGAUUAAAGAAAGAUUCACAAGCAUUCAAAUUCUUGACAGUCAGUAAACCUAGGGGCCUGACAUAAUUGGCUAUUGAGAGGGGAGAGGCACUUGUCUAUUCUUCAUUGGGCCCCUGUGGUCAGUUGGAAGCCUUACUUGAGGAAGUUUAUGCAGUUGUUCCUUACCCAAUGUUGUAUUAUUUGCUUACUAAUAAUGGCAAGCUCCACUAACUUCAUUGUUAUUUUGACUGGAACUUUUGGAGCUUCUGUCUUGUGGUGUUAUUCAAGGGACAAAUAUUAGCUAAAUUCUGGGAGAAUUCCCUUGCUUUUCAGAAUAGUGUCUUGGGAUAUUUUUAUGCACACGUAUAAAAGAUCAAGAUUGGAAACUGAACUCUGUAUUAGUGAAGUGAAUGACAAAUACAAAAACUGUGCUGUAUCUUGAAACUUAAUGAAACACAACUUUUGAAUCAGGAUAACCAACAAAGUAAAUAGUUGGAACUCCUGCUGUAUACUUAUUAAUUCUGUUGUGCAGUAAUAGUGAAUAGGAUCAUACAGAACAUUUUAUUUGUGCAAUAUUACACAUUUUACCCAUACACAUGUGAGAACGGGCAGUGUAUGUCAUAUUGCCCAAUCACCUGGUAACCUCAGCAAGCAUGACUGUGUCUGUCAUUCUUAAUUUCACAGUUGUAACCCAUUGUGAUCUUUAUCUGAUAAAUUGCAUUAAACAACUUAUUGAAAGAAUUUGCCUUCCAUUGCUUAUCUUCUAAAAUGUAAGAAUGCAUCAAUUUUCCUAAUAGUGCCCUGCAGCAACAAAUACCGUGAAAGGUUUAAAAUAUACAGUCCUGCAAUAUUCAGAAGGUAGCAUAAUAUGAUGGGGUGAAUUAAAUUAUUAAUGAUCAAAGGUAUUGUAUUAUAAUUAAUAGCAAAAUUAGUACCUUUAAUACAUUCUGUAGGGUGGACAAUUGAAAGCUUAAAUUAUGUCAUAAUUUUGAUGAGAAAUUUGCUAAAUGUACAA